CUCCAGUUGCUUUCAUUUGGUUUAAAAUGGAGUAAUUCUACUGUUUUGGUGAUCAUAUCUUACAGGGAUGCUUCCUUUGGUACUUGCAGUUUUCAUCUGACGUUGCUGGACUGUUUUCAUGCAAUAAACAAGGCUUUGCAGUAUGGUUUGCUGGAUUUCAGUACAUUUGAUGUAAAUGAAUAUGAGCAUUAUGAAAGAGCAGAAAAUGGAGAUUUUAACUGGAUAAUACCAAACAAAUUCAUUGCCUUCAGUGGACCUCAUUCAAGAAGUAAAAUUGAAAAUGGCUAUCCCUACCAUGCGCCAGAGGCUUAUUUCCCAUACUUCAGGAAACAUAAGGUCACCACUAUAAUACGCCUCAACAAAAAACUCUAUGAUGCCAAACGGUUUACAGAUGCUGGAUUUGAGCAUUUUGACCUCUUCUUUGCUGAUGGAAGCAUACCUAGUGAUACCAUAGUUAAAACAUUUUUAAAUAUUUGUGAAAAUGCUGAAGGUGUUAUAGCUGUUCAUUGCAAAGCUGGUCUUGGACGAACUGGCACGCUUAUUGCCUGUUAUAUUAUGAAGCAUUAUCGGAUGACAGCUGCUGAAGCUAUUGCCUGGAUUAGAAUAAAUAGACCUGGUUCGGUGAUUGGACCACAACAACACUUCCUGAUGGACAAACAGGCAGAACUCUGGACAGAAGGAGAUAUUUUCUGUGCAAAGUUGAAAGGAAACCAUAAAAUUGCUGUAACAAGAAUUCUGUCAGGAGUAGACGAUAUUUCAAUUAAUGACACCAGAAACAGAAGAACUAUCCAAAAGGACCUUGAACUGUACAGUGAUGAAGAUGAAACAAACUGUGUAACACAAGGUGAUAAGCUUCGUGCUCUGAAAAGUAGAAGGCAAGCAAAAUCUUCAGUUGCGUCUCCGCUAACGUAA